AUUUGGAAAACGGGACAUAGGUGGGAAGGCACAGUUCCAGUCCCUGUCUGGUUUUACAUUGAUCUAUUUGAGCGUUUUCUAUUUGACGAUAGAAUGCACCCUGAUUGGAGUCGCCAAUUUGCCUAUCGAAUAAGAAGCUGGGGGCGACGAAUCUGUAGAAAUCUAGAAUUCUGAAGGAAAAAAUGCUAAGAAAGGAAUGGUAAAGUAAAGAAACAUCAUUGGUAGGGUUUAAUUCCAGCUUUCAAAAAGACAACAGUUUGAGAGAGUUGGCUGUCAUUUUUAGAGUGGCGAUCAAAAGCUAUGGUCGGUUGAAGAUCAAGAAAAAAAAACGUAUAUAAAGACGGGACCCUCCACCAUCUUGACCCGUUUUAUUUUCAUUAUUAUUAUAUUAUCAAGUCGCUGGUCGUCUUAUUCCUUUAAAAACAAACAACUUAUUACUCUCUCUUAUCUCACAAGUAAAACUCAACUCUAUUCAAAAUGCAAGGUUCUGCUUUCUUCACUGCUAUUGCUGUUGCUGCUCUCGCCACUGUUUCUCAAGCUGCCCCUAUGGCCAAGCGAGGUGAAAGUUACUCUGGUACUGCUACUUGGUACGCUCCUGCUACUCAAGGUGGUCCCUUAGCUGCCUGUAACGGUGAAUACAUCCACGAUGAAUCACCUAUUGUUGCUCUUAACGCCGAUCAAUAUGGUAACCUCGACGGUAAAUCUGAUUUCUGUGGCAAGAAGAUUAGAAUCCAAGGUCCAGCUGGUACUGCCACCGCUACUAUUCUCGAUGCUUGUCCUGAAUGUUCUUACGGUGAUUUGGAUCUUACCAGCGUUCUCUUCAAGAAGGUCGUUGGUGACAAGGAUAAAGGUGUUGGUGCCAUCACCUGGGAAAUUCUUUAAUUUAUCUCUCUCUCAUCAUUGAUAUGUACUUUAAGUUGAUCUUGGUAUAUAUGUUUAUAUACACCCUAUUGUAAAUAUUUCAAAAGAUGCUAUCGGACAACUGGUUUUGUCUGAACAUCUUUCUUCUUAUAUAGAAAUUGAUUUUCUGAAUAAAUAGAAGUUUCUUUCAAAAUUUCUCAAACAUAACAAAUAAGUUUUGCUUGUUAAAAAUUGUAAUGAUGGGUAGAUAUCUUGACGGGUUUUUUUUUAAUGUCUUUUUUUUUUUUUUUUUUUUUUUUUGUUACAGCGCUUUUU